UUUGUGCCAGAUUGGGGCGGUGGGUGAAGGUGCCACCAGACUAUUAACACGGGUUAGGUAGAUGCCGGAACUAGGUGCUGAAGCCCAGCGGGGCCAACGUUAUUCGUCUGCGAUUGGUCAUCUCUGUUAGCGGAUUCUGAACCUUCUCUGCCUGCCUUACCGAUCCUCUGCUGCCUGCCAUGUCCUCAGACUGACCUCUUCUUUGACUGCCAGAUCUGGUUCGAGCUUUUGGAUUGUGUUUCUCAAGUCUCUUCUAUCUUUUUAGGACCUUCCUUUUGGCCUCUACUUAUGCUCAACCCGCUUGCUAUCAUUGAUCUUCACCACCUGUACCUAACAAGCAGAUGAAGACAUUGUUUGAAGAGAUAAAAGCAUCAGUAAAAAAUAACUCUGAUCACGACCGCUCAUUUUGGAGGCCAGUUCUCCCUUGGGGUGGUGUUUUUACCAUCAAGGCUGGGCGUAAAGCAGUGUCCUGCACACCUCUUUAUGUUGAAAUAACUCUGAAAAACACUUGCACUAUAGAUGGAUUUUUAAUGCUAUUGUAUGUCAUCCUGCGAGAAAAUGAUACUUUUCCCAGGGAGCUCACUCAUUACCUUGGCCGAGAGUUUGUGGAGUGCUUUCUUCACCUCAUGGACACCUACAGUUUUACAUCUGUUAAACUGCUUUGGAUCUGGGACAAGAUGGCAAAACGCCAGUACAAAUCUAGAAUUCAUAAGGCAUCCUUAGAAAUUGACUUGUUUGGAAAUGAGCAUGAGAACUUUACUAGAAAUCUAGAGCAUCUUAUGGCUACCAUACAAGAAAGCUACUGUUCAAACUCAAGAUGCCCAAUGCGCAUGCAAGAAAGCCAGAUGCAAACAAUUCUCAUAAAUCCUCCUCAUGAUAUCCCACAUGGGGACCUGAUUCAGAUGGCUGUAGAUGAUCUCUUCUGUUCCAAAAUUGAGCUGUGUGAAGAGUAUGGGUGUGGUUGUUUAAGAGAAUUUCCCCCCAGGGUUUUUUGUCAUGGAGCUCCCCCUUUCGUUAUAUUAAAUAUGGAACAGUGGAGAUCUGAAGAUCUGGCCUAUGUCCCAUAUCACUUGGACUUAUCUGAUCAUAAAUACCUAUUGGAAGGUGCCACAUUGUUCAACAGGGAGGAGCAUCAUUACUCUGCAGCGUUCCAGAUUGAUGGCUAUUGGAUGCAUUAUGAUGGGCUUCGUAAUGUCAACUUAAUCUUAUUAAACAAACCGCCAGAGCUACUACUUCUGUCAUCCUUGGUUUACAUAAGGGCUACAGAGAAAUAAUUGGCUUUUAUACAUUCACAAAAUGUAAAAAAAAUGUAGUCCCAAUCCCUGGGUAUUAGUGCUUCUUGCAUAUAUUCACUUGGCAUCCAAGAUAAAAGUUUGGACUACAAUAGUUCUAUUUGAUGUACAAAGCUUUAUUUUUUGGCUAAAAAUGUAUAUAAAAUCAGGGGAGACAAUAACUAUGCAAUUUGUAUUUCUUCAUACUUACAUUUAAUAUGAAAAUCAAGGUGAAAUUGUUUUUCUUUGUAUUGUUAUGCAGGUUUUUGAAUAUAAAAAUUCAACAAUU